GUUUUUUUUUUGCCAAAGAAAUACCCGCUAGUUUUACUCAGCUCUUUCUCAUAUGCACUGAAACUAACCACCAUGAGACACCUCCAUAACCACCGCUGCCGCCACUCUUCCACCUUCCUCCGCCACUACGCCACCAAAUACACAGCAAAAAUAACCUCAACAUCCUCAAAAGGCAACAAUCUGUCCAUCGAAGUAACACCGCCGCUCCUCCCAUUCGACCCCCGCGGCUACCAAAUCCCCCGCCGCCACCUCAUCUGUAAAGCCACUCAAAUCCUACUCCACAACCGAACCCCAAACAAAAAACCCGACCCGAACCCAUUUCUCACUCUCCAAGACUAUCUCUCCUCCCUCUCCCUCUCCAUUACUCCGCCGGAAGCUUCCAAAAUUCUCAAAGCCCUGAACUGCCCCUCCCUCGCUUCUCAAUUCUUCCAAUUUUGCCCCUCCCUAAACCCUAAUUUCCGCCACAACUCGUUCACUUACACCCGCCUAAUUCUCAUCCUUUCCAAAUCUACCCUCCCGGAUAGAUACGACGUCGUCCGGUCUCUUCUCUCCGAUAUGGAGAAGAACGGCGUCUCCGGCAACAUCUCCACCGUGAACAUUUUGAUUGGAUUUUUUGGGGAUAGUGAAAAAAAUGAUUUGGAGAAAUGUAGUGAGUUAAUUGAAAAAUGGGGUUUGAAAAUGAAUGGGUAUACUUAUAAAUGCUUUGUUCAAGCUUAUUUAAGGUCUCGCGAUAGUGAUAAUGGGUUUAGGGUUUACUUGGAAAUGAAGAGGAAAGGCUACAGCUUGGAUAUUUUUGCUUUUAAUAUGCUAUUGGAUGCCUUAGCUAAAGAUCAAAAGGUUGACCAGGCUUACAAGGUUUUUGAAGACAUGAAAAAGAAGCACUGUGAGCCUGAUGAGUAUACUUACACAAUUAUGAUCAAGAUGACCGGAAAGAUCGGUAAACUGGACGAAUCAUUGGCACUGUUUCAGGAAAUGUUAAAUACUGGAUGUUCUCCUAAUUUAAUUGCUUAUAAUACUAUGAUCCAAGCACUGGCUAAUGGCCGGAUGGUUGACAAGGCAAUUCUCCUUUUCUCAAAGAUGAUUGAAAAAGAAUGCCGGCCCAAUGAAUUUACAUAUAGCGUCAUACUCGCACUUCUAGCGGCAGAAGGGCAACUUCACAAGCUAGAUAAGGUUGUGGAACUAUCGAGAAAGUAUAUGAAUAGGUCAAUAUAUGCAUAUCUCGUGAGGACAUUAAGCAAGUUGGGGCAUUCAAGUGAAGCUCACCGGCUAUUUUGCACUAUGUGGAACUAUCAUGAUAGAGGGGACAGGGAUGCAUGCUUGUCGAUGUUAGAGAGCAUGUGUAGUGCUGGUAAAACUGCAGAAGCUAUUGAUCUGCUCGGUAAAAUUCAUGAAAAAGGAGUAAGUACUGAUACGAUUAUGUACAAUACGGUACUAUCUGCUCUCGGUAAGUUAAAGCAGAUACCCCAUCUUCAUGAUCUUUACGAGAAGAUGAAACAAGAGGGCCCUUCUCCAGACAUAUUCACCUACAAUAUACUGAUCUCAAGCUUCGGUAGAACCGGAAAUGUUCACGAAGCUAUUAAAUUUUUUGAAGAACUUGAGAACAGUGAUUGCCGGCCUGAUAUUAUCUCUUACAAUUCCUUGAUUAAUUGCCUUGGGAAGAAUGGUGAUAUCGAUGAAGCUCAUGUUAGGUUCCGUGAAAUGCAAGAGAAAGGUUUCAAUCCUGAUGUUGUAACAUACAGUACACUGAUUGAGUGUUUUGGCAAAACAGAUAAAGUCGACAUGGCUUGCAGAUUGUUCGACGAGAUGCUAGCUGAAGGUUGCUUCCCUAACAUCGUGACGUACAAUAUCUUACUCGAUUGUCUCGAGAGAAGUGGGAGGACUGCCGAGGCUGUGGAUUUGUAUGCGAAGCUGAAACAACAAGGAAUAACACCUGAUUCGAUCACAUACUCGAUUCUUGAGCGAUUACAAAGUGGAUCGCAUAGAAAAGUUAGAGUACGCAGGAAGAAUCCGAUCACAGGUUGGGUUGUUAGUCCAUUGAGGUGAUGAAGGCAAUGUCACAACUUGUUAUCUAGUAAGAUUGCGAUCCUCCGUGAGCAGAUGCCUCUUGUCUAAUUACAAAUUUGUAAUGUAUUGAUCCUCCUUACUUAUGCUUUAGUUGACACAAAUAAAUUUCUUUCACAGUGAAGAUAUUUGACCUAGGAUUAUUUACUAACUUUGUGAAAACAGUUCCAAUAUUAAUUCCAUUUAGAGUGAUAUUGAAACUA